AUGGCCGAAGACGACGCCGAGAAUGCCUUUUUCCAGGCUCAGGCAAUGAAUGCGGACUCUGUGGACUACACGGCUGUUAAAGAGCAGGGCGCAGAUAGUUCAGAUUCAGAUGAUUAUGAUCCUUCAAAAACACUGCAAGAUCAAUAUUCAGAUUCCAAGCCAAACGAAAAUGUUCCUUCAGAUGUUUCCCCCUCCGAUGCGAACCACUUAGGUGCAUCUUCCGUCCCCGUGUCCGACCCCGACCCUAGUCAGCCAACUGGCAGUGCCUAUCCUUCCCAGACUCCUUCACAAACCGCAUCUCAAGCGUCGGCCUCGACUCCGGCUCCCGGAUCGACGUCGACGCAGCCAAAGACCAAGACAAUCGGGGGGUUUGUGGUCGAGGAUGAAGACGACGAGGAUGACGCGGGUGAUGCGGAUUAUGAGCCUCCAGCUGUACUAGGUGUCGAGGACAUGAGUACUUUACCAAUCAAUGUGCCUCAGCAACCCGUUUCAGGAAAUGCAAAUCAAGCUACUUCUACCCCUGAUGUAUCAUUGGAUGAAGCUGCGCAGGAGUCUGCCAGUGCAAAGAAUACCCCCAAUAGCUCCUUUCCUUCUGUUGUUGCUACUGCUGCUGCUCCUUCUAAACUUGAGGCAUCUACUCCUUCGGGUCCGGAAUUGUACAAUACCCCGACCUUGCAGUCGGAUCCCGCGCAAGGGAGCGCGGCGCCUACGCCAGCCCCUGAUUCACCUUCGGCUGCGAAGGGUCGACUACCGCACGAUCGUGUGGGGAUGUUGGAAGACCGUGUCCAGGAAGACCCUCGGGGAGACAUGGCUGCCUGGAUUGAAUUGAUUAACGAACACAGGAGUCGCAAUCGCAUCGACAAUGCCCGUGAUGUGUACGAGCGUUUUCUCAAAGUGUUCCCUUUCUCGGCGGAACAAUGGGUGGCAUAUGCGACGAUGGAAUCGGAGCUUAAUGAGCUGUUCCGUCUCGAGCAAAUAUUUAAUAGAACUCUCUUGACGAUCCCUGAUGUUCAAUUGUGGACGGUGUACUUGGACUACGUCCGUCGGCGUAAUCCUCUCACCACCGACACAACAGGGCAAGCCCGGCGAAUUAUCUCCUCCGCGUAUGAUCUGGCUUUGCAGUACGUCGGUGUAGAUAAGGAUUCCGGCUCCAUUUGGGCCGAUUACGUUCAAUUUAUUCGUUCUGGCCCAGGGAAUGUUGGCGGCUCGGGCUGGCAAGACCAACAAAAGAUGGAUCUGCUUCGCAAGGCGUAUCAGAGAGCCAUUGCCGUUCCAACCCAAGCAGUUAACACUCUGUGGAAAGAAUAUGACCAAUUUGAGAUGGGUCUGAAUAAGUUGACUGGUCGCAAGUUCCUGCAAGAGCAGUCUCCGGCAUAUAUGACUGCUCGUAGCUCUUACACCGAAUUGCAAAACAUCACCAGAGAUCUCAGCAGGACGACCCUGCCUCGGUUACCGCCCAUUCCAGGCUCCGAUGGCGACAUCGAAUUCGCGCAGCAAGUCGACAUCUGGCGACGCUGGAUUCAAUGGGAGAAAGGUGAUCCGUUGGUGCUGAAGGAAGAAGACCAAGCCGCUUUUAAGGCCCGUGUGGUCUAUGUGUACAAGCAGGCAUUGAUGGCUCUUCGGUUCUUGCCGGAGAUUUGGUUUGAAGCUGCGGAGUUUUGCUUUUUGAAUGACAUGGAAAGCGAAGGAAACGACUUCCUGAAGCACGGUGUGGAUGCCAACCCCGAGAGCUGCCUUCUUGCCUUCAAGCGCGCGGACCGGCUGGAAAUCACCUCCGAAUCCGAACAAGACCCCAUCAAGCGCGGUGCAAAGGUUCGGGAGCCAUACGACAGAGUCCUCGAUGCGUUAUACGAUCUAAUCUCGAAAGCUCGCACGCGGGAAGAGCAAGACGUCGCUCACCUUAAGGACACGUUCGCCAAAAUGAACCCUGACAGACAAGCAAGGAACGAAGAGGACGAUGAUGACGAGCAGAGUGAAAGCAAGGCCAGGGAGUCGAUGGAAAACGCCCAAAUUGAAGCUGUUCGCAACGCCCACGCUAUACAGAUUGGAAUCCUCUCCAAGACAAUUUCCUUUGCCUGGAUUGCUCUGAUGCGUGCCAUGCGUCGUAUCCAGGGCAAGGGCAAGCCGGGUGAAAUGCCAGGAUCAAGACAGAUAUUUGCCGAUGCUCGCAAGCGAGGCCGUAUCACUAGCGAUGUGUACAUCGCCAGCGCGCUCAUCGAGUACCACUGCUACAAGGAUCCGGCUGCUACCAAGAUUUUCGAGCGAGGAGCCAAGCUCUUCCCGGAGGAUGAGAAUUUCGCGCUUGAAUACCUGAAACACCUGAUCGACGUCAACGAUGUCAUCAAUGCCAGAGUCGUGUUCGAAAUGACGGUGAGAAAGCUGGCCUCUAAUCCGGAGAACGUGCACAAGGCGAAGCCCAUCUUUGCCUUCCUACACGAAUAUGAGUCUCGAUAUGGCGAUCUUGUCCAGGUCAUCAACCUCGAGAACCGCAUGCGUGAACUCUUCCCUGAAGACCCGACAUUGGAACAAUUUGCACAUCGUUACUCCAACCCUUCCUUUGACCCUACGGCCGUGCGACCUAUUAUCUCCCCCUCUCAGGCACGCCCGAAGGCCGCGUAUCCUAUCGAACAGACCAUGUCGCGUCACGCCACUCCUACCCCGAGAUAUCCCGAUGCGUCCGUCACAAACUCACCCAAGAGGCCGUUGGAGGAGUUUGAUGAUGAUCUGAACCGGCCACGGAAGUUUGUUCGGGCCGAAUCACCCUUGAAGACGGCCCAAAGACGACAAAUGGACCAGCAAAAGCGCACGCCGCAGACCCUCGUUAGCCAGGCAGCGUCACAGUACCGAUCUCAAGGCUCACCCGCUCCGCUGCCACGAGAGAUUGUCCAUCUGUUGAGCAUCAUUCCUCCGGCAUCAUCCUAUAACGCUGGACGAUUCUCGCCGGAGAAAUUAGUUGACUUGAUCCGACGGAUUGAUAUUCCUGCCUCGAUCUCCCAGAUUCCACUGCCCCAGUCCGCUCAAGGCAUGGGGACCGGGCAGGCACCGUUUCCUGGCAUGUACCGUUCAUAA